AUGACCGCCUCCAAGCCCGAAGACCCCGACAGGCCCCCCAAGCACCUGUACAUCGGGGCCAUCAACCCGUUUGCGCUCUGCGAGGCCAUACUGGGCCGUAAGCUGGACUGGCGUGACCCGGCCACGGCGAACAUCAUGUCCAGCAUCCUGCAGACCGACUACGAGGAGCUGUUCGACAUGCGCUUCCGCUCAAUCCUCUAUGCGGGCAUCCAGCUCAACGACCGCGGGGACAUGGCGGAGCUGAUCCCGGCCAAGGACAUGCACACGCUCACCGAGCGGGACCUGGUCACGCCCGAUUUCUCAAAGGUUGAGAAGCUCGGCGACCUGGACCAUGUGGGCUUGAAGGACAUCAACGCCAUCAAGGUCAAGCACGCCUUCAUGUCCAACGGCAACCUGCGCCUCACCCUCCAGCCCCAGUCGCUGGGCAAGACGAUCUGCAGCUCUGAGAUGACCACAACGCUGCGUGAGCUCGCCACGCCCUUCCGCAUCCACAAGAAGGAGGAAUGGGUGCCCCCCAACAGCACCUGGACCGACAUUGGCGAAUCAUGCUACCGUCAGCACACCACCACCAUGUUCAGCAACCCGGUGCAGGGUGCCACCAGCAACAGCUGGCUGAUCGCCGCUAUGAUGGCCGUGGCCUGGUCCGACCCCUCGGCCAUUUGCCACCACCACCACGACCGCGGCGGGAAGCGCGAGUCGCGCUGUUCCCUGUCGGUCCGUUUCCACAGCAAGGGCGGCGACAACGACGCACCCACGUCCACCGUCACGGUCAACUGCGAGGUGCCGACCAACAACUCGAGCUCGCUCCCCGUCUACUGCCGGCCGUCCUCCAUGAUGAUGAUGACGCGCGGGUGGGCGGCGGGCGGGGAGAUCUGGCCGUGCCUGUACGAGAAGGCUUUUGCCAAGUGGAUCAUCCAGGGCAAGGGCGGUUCGGACUCGGAGUCCGGGCCUGAGUCUGAGCACCCGGACCUGACCCAGACAUGCUACGGCGACCCGGUCAAGUGCGCGGCGCAGCUGACGGGCAAGGAGCCGCAGUACUUUUUUACGUCGCAUCGGCGCGCGCAGGACCUGCUGGGCCUGGUACGCACCCACUGCUUCAACCUGCGCACCAUCUACCCGUUCGUCGCCUUCACCCACCCGACGGGCGACAAGUUCCGCGGCUGUACCCUCGUCGCAAACAUGGCCUACACGGUGCUCGGCUGGGCCGCCCCGCAGGAGCGCAAGCAGUACAUCAUCCUCCGCCACCCUUGGGGCGUCACCGAGCCCGAGGGCAUGACGGGCUACCCGGGUCUGGUGAGCUGUGUCGAUGUCAAAUUUUGGCCACCUGUGGAACUGGUUGACGGUCGUGGUGUGUUUGCUAUCGAGACAUCGGCUUUCAAGGAGUAUUUUGCUGGUAUGGGUGUCGCUAAAUAA